CCACAGGGUGUCGCUGCAUCUCCUCUAGCGUUGUUUUAGUCGCGCGCAGAACAAGGUCAUCUCUCCAGCCGCCGCAAGAUCUUUUGGCUCGUCGAGAAAAUCCGCCUCUUCUCGUCCGUCGAGAGAAUCCUGUGGCGUCCACCCACGACAAACAACAAUGGCGCGUCCCGUAGUGGGGCGCAGUGCACCGGUCUGCCCGGGUUCGGAGGAUUCGCAGGAGGCGGCGGACGUGGAGCAGCCUUCCGUGACGGUGUCGUUCCCCACGGAUCAGCCGCAGGAGGCCCUCCUGCUGCACCACCCUCCGAGCGAGAAGUGGCUUCGCUACUCGGUGUACCUGAGCGGCAUCGUGUGCUUCCAGACGUGUAUGGCCAACCUGCUGGUGACGGCGGCGCCCUACAUGGUGAAAGAGUUCGUCAAGAACGAGAACACCAGCAUCGGAUACUACGCGGGGUUCCUCCUGUCGGCCUUCUUCUGCGGCCGUGCCGUCACCACCACCUACCCCUGGGGCUGGGUGGCCGACACCUCGGGCAGGAAAGUCUGCCUCUUCAUCGCGGUUGUUACCACUGGUCAGGCAGUGAGCCACGGGAUGGAGUGGAGGGAGCAUCAUGAGCAUGGUGGACUCGUUCAUUCUGUCUGGCUGCCUUGUCUGCCUGGCUGUGUGUGUGUGUGUGUGUGUGUGUCAGGUGUGUUGACGGGUCUUGUGGGGUUGACUCGCAACUUUUGGAUGGUGGUGUUCCUCCGCUUUCUGGCCGGCUGCUUCUCGCCCACUCUGUCUGUGGCUCGGGCGCUGGCCGCCGAUAUAGUCCCCAAACACAAACACUCGUCAACCAUGGCACACAUAUCCGCAGGUACGAGAGAGCGAGCAGAUGAGAUGAGAAGGAAACUGGCACAGAGAAAUGGACUGUGUGUGCCUGCCUGCCUAUCAGGUCGCACAAUGGGUUUCCUGAUAGGCCCGACAAUGGGUGGCUGGCUCGCGUAUCCAUGCGAGCCGGGCAAGUGGGGGUCAGAGUUUCUCAAGACCAGCUUCCCGGUCGCCUGCUCGACCGGUCUCCCCUUCGCCCCCGCCUGCAUCACGUGCGCCUUGCUGCAAGUGGUAUGUCUGGUGCUGCUCGCCUACGUCCCUGAGAGCCCCGCGAUUGUGGAGAAGCUCCAUCGGAAACGCGACGACCGCCACCGACAGCGGGAGGAGAGGCGGCGGCAGCUGGAGCGGCAGAAGGAGGACAACGCUGCUGUCCAGAACAGCUCGCUCAAGAGCCCCCUCCUCCCCCUCCCCCUCCCCACGCACAACGCAUCAACGCAGCCGGGGUCCGACCCACGCGCCGACGAUGCCACCGUGAAUGGGGGAGGGAGCUACCAGAGUGGUGGGCAGGGGCACGUACCCAGCCCCCCUCAGGAUGCUGGGAAUAUCAACAACAAUAACAACGAGCUGGACGAGACGCCUGUCGAGAAAGUGGUACACGCGCGAGAGCUGCGUCGGUGGGAUGAGAUGAGCCGAGGGUUGCCGCGGUGGUGGCGGUCGCUGAAUCCGCGACGGUGGUGGCGAAGGCGGACCAGAGCGACGCCUUUAAAGAUGACCCCAGGGCUGGUCGUCACCGUAAGCCCACUCUCGCUCACCGCACCAGCACAUCGCAGUGGUGUGUUGUGUGUUGCCUGGCUGCCUGUGAAUGUUGCAGGUGAUGAUCGCCUUCUUCAUCAGUUUUGCGCGCAUCGCAACGGACCAGACGUCGGCCCUGUUUUGCGUUCAGCCGCUGGACUUCAGGGUCGCCACCGUGGGCACCGUAUUCUUCGUCUCAGGACUCAUCAACUUCCCACUACAGGCACGCCAUCCCCUCCCACACACAUCGACACAGCAUAACCCUGCUCUCUCUCUGCAGAUUUUUUUAGUGCCGUGGUUGAUAGACACGUUUAAGCCGCGAGUGGCGCGUGUGGUGGGGUUGCUGACGGCGGCUCUCUGCUGCCUGCUGUUCCCGUCGGUGGGUCUGCUCACGGGGUUAGUGAGCGACUGGGUGCUGGUGUGCAUGGUGGCCGCCUACAUCGCCGUCAAGGACCUGGCCUAUGGCGGACUCGGACACACUUCAAACUUCCUUAUUGUCAACGACUGCCUCCCCACCAUCAGGCACGAAGAGCACAUUGGACACAGAGGGAGGGAGGGAGGGAGGGAGACUCUGAUCUCUCUCGGCUGUGUGCGUGACUGCACAGGGGUCGCGUCAACGGGAUGAACAUCCAGGCGCAGUCUGUCGCAUCGACGUUCUCGCCCGUCAUCGCAUCAGUCACCUUCUCAUGGGGACUGCAGGUGACCGCCUGACCACCAAAUGUAUCCUUCUGCUCCAUGUAAAUGCGUUGUGUUGUGUCUAUGUCUGCGUGUCAGGCUGCGCACGGCAUUCUAUCUGGCGGCGAUUGGCUGACCCGUGUGGUGGGCGAGGCCAGCUACGGCCUGCCCUUCUACAUCUGCGGGCUGGUCACCCUCGUCAACUGCGUCCUUGCAUGCCUCCCCGCCUCCCUGCGGCUGGACACCGCCCCGCCCACACCCGCCCCCCCAUCCACCACCCCCCUCACACUCUCAUCUGUGACGAGCCCCGUUGUGUCGCCGGUGCAGCCGCACAGGAAGCCGUCGGACCUGUUCGCCACGCCGCCCGUCAAGAGCUGCCCUCUGCUGCAGCCACCGGCCCACCCUAAACAGCCCAGGGGGCGAUAGGGAGUGUACGUAGCUUGUGGGAGGGAGGGUUAGCCGAGCGGGUUUGGCUAGGGUAUUAGGUUGACUGGUUGAUGAAUGGAUCGGAUGGAUGGAUGGAUGGGUCAUGAGAGGGAGGAAUCGACCGACCGUGAUGGCAUUUUUUUCUGUGUGUAUGCGAUGCGGGUCCGGGGAGGGAGUGGGGGGUGAGAGGGAGUGUCUCCGCUUGCUGUGUGGGGUGUCAGUGAUCCAUUGAGUGCAUUUGCGUGCAUACCUGUGUGUCGGGUAUAUGCCCUCCCUCACUCUCCCUCCCCCCCCCUGGUGAGUGUUUCGUACCAACCGUACGCAAAAGGACGAUCAGCCCGUCCCUUUUGACAACUAGCGCUUGCUUGGCGUUCCCCUUCUUGUCUUUCUGUCUAGCUGUCCAGCUGCCUUUCUGUGUGCUUGUCCCUCUCUCUUUUUCUGCCUUUCCUAGUAUUGCGGGUUCUUUACCCCUUCUCUCGGGCGUGCGUGUGUGUGUGUGUGUGUUGGUGGCUGGUAUUUGGAUGGACGGAUGGUGUGGUUGGUGUGUUUUGUCGUUGCGUGGAUGACCGUGUUUUUAGUCCCAUGUACGUGUAGAUGGAUGGAUGGAUGGAUGGCUGCAUGCUCCCCUGACUGACUGACUGACUGGGCGACGCGCCCAGAAACAUUGAUCGACCACCACACACACAACCCUCCCCUCUCUGAGAGAGAGAGGGAGGGACAGAGAGAGAGAGAGAGAGAGGGCACACCGGACGCUGUGGUGGUGUGGUGUGGUGUGG